GCGAGAGAGAGCGCGUGUCCACUGCCCAAUGACAGCGCAGGAUGCUUGACUGGUGUGAAUGGAGUUGCUGUCUCUGAAAGGUGAUGGAGAGGAAUUAACUGUAGGAAAAGAUAUGUUGACGUUGAGGCCCUCCACCCACACAGGCAUGCAGUGAGCCACCUGUGUGUCUCGCAGAGAGAGAGUACACUGUGAUCGUUGCAGCGCGCCCCUGGUAAGGACCCUGUGGCGUGCGUCCGGCCAGCCCAGGCCACACCUCCCGCACCCAGGACAUGUACGGCAGUGCCCGAGCAGUAGGCCACAUCGAGAGCAGCCCUGCACGGUCCCCACGACUGCCUAGGUCCCCCAGGCUGGGUCACCGGAGGGCCAGUAGUGGGGGUGGGAGCAGUGGAGGGGGCAAGACGCUCUCCAUGGAGAACAUCCAGUCGCUGAACGCUGCCUACGCCACAUCCGGGCCCAUGUAUCUGAGCGACCACGAGGGAGUGGGCUCCACCGCCACCUACCCCAAGGGCACCAUGACGCUGGGGCGUGCCUCCAACCGGGCCAUGUACGGGGGGCGUGUCACGGCCAUGGGCAGCAGCCCCAACAUUGCCACGGUGGGGCUGGGCCACCACACUGACCUGCUGUCCUACAGCGACCUCGGCUCCCUGUCCAUGCUGCAGCACCACCACCACCACCAGGGGGUGCCGUCUGCCCUGCUGCGGCAGGCGGUACGGGGUGGUGGGGGGGAGUUGCUGGAGAUGCAGGCCACACUCCGGGACAUGCAGCGGGAGAAUGACCUGCUGAGGAGAGAGCUGGACCUGAAGGACAGCAAGCUGGGCUCGUCCACCAACAGCAUCAAGAGCUUCUGGAGCCCCGAGCUGAAGAAGGAGAGGAUGAUACGUAAGGAGGAGGCGGCGCGCACCUCCGUCCUCAAGGAGCAGAUGAGGGUGACUCACGAGGAGAACCAGCACCUGCAGCUGACCAUCCAGGCCCUGCAGGAUGAGCUGAGGACCCAGAGGGAUCUGAACCACCUGCUACAGGAGAGUGGCGGCCGCUCUGGGGAACACUACACCAACAUCGAGCUGACCGAGGAGAACUUUAGACGACUGCAGGCCGAGCACGACCGCCAGGCCAAAGAGCUCUUCCUCCUGAGGAAGACCUUGGAGGAGAUGGAGCUGCGGAUGGAGACCCAGAAGCAGACGCUGGGGGCCAGGGACGAGUCUAUCAAGAAGCUGCUGGAAAUGCUCCAGAGUAAGGGUCUGCCUGGGGGGCCAGGCAGGGUCAAUGAGGAGGAGGAGCAGGAGAGGGCCAGGCGCAUCGCUGAGGCCGAGGCACAGCUGGGACACCUGGAGGUCAUCUUGGAUCAGAAGGAGAAGGAGAACAUCCACCUAAGAGAGGAACUGCACAGGAGAAACCAGAUGCACCAGGACCCUGGAAAAACCAAAGCCCUCCAGACCAUCAUAGAGAUGAAGGACACCAAGAUAGCGUCUCUGGAGCGCAACAUCAGGGACCUGGAGGAUGAGAUCCAGAUACUGAAGGCUAACGGCUUGCUGAACACCGAGGACAGAGAGGAGGAGAUCAAACAGAUGGAGGUCUACAAGAACCACUCCAAGUUUAUGAAGGCCAAGAUUGACCAGCUGAAGCAGGAGCUGUCCAAGAAGGAGUCUGAGCUGCUGGCCCUGCAGACCAAGCUGGAGACCCUGAACAACCAGAACUCAGACUGCAAACAGCAUAUAGAGGUUCUCAAAGAGUCCCUCACUGCUAAGGAGCAGCGCGCUGCCAUACUGCAGACAGAGGUGGACGCCCUGCGCCUGCGCCUGGAGGAGAAGGAGUCCUUCCUGAACAAGAAGACCAAGCAGCUGCAGGACCUGACGGAAGAAAAGGGUACACUGGCCGGAGAGAUUCGAGACAUGAAGGACAUGCUGGAGGUCAAGGAGAGGAAGAUCAACGUCCUGCAGAAGAAGAUUGAAAAUCUGCAGGAGCAGCUGUGUGAUAAGGACAAGCAGCUGGGGAACCUGAAGGACAGGGUGAAGUCUCUGCAGACUGACUCCAGUAACACUGACACUGCCCUGGCCACCCUGGAGGAGGCACUCUCUGAGAAGGAGCGGAUAAUAGAGAGACUGAAGGAGCAGAGAGCGAGGGAGGACAAUGAGAGGAUUGACGAGGUGGAGUCCUAUAAGAAGGAGAACAAGGACCUCAAGGAGAAAGUCAACACCCUCCAUAUGGAAUUAACAGAGAAGGAGUCCUGUCUCAUUGACCUGAAGGAGCAUGCCUCCUCCCUGGCCUCCUCCAGCCUGAAGAAAGAAUCCAAGCUCAAGUCUCUGGAGAUGGCCAUCGAGCAGAAGAAAGAGGAGUGUAGCAAGUUGGAGACACAGUUACAGAAGCAAGCAGAGCAGCUGUUCACUCAGAUGAACAACCCUAAGGCCCAUGAGGUCCAGCAGCAGCAGGUGGGAGUGGGCUCCAGGGGGAACCCAGAGUAUGUGGAGCGGGAGCAGCGAGUCAAGGUCCUAGAGAAGGAGGUUUCCUACUAUAAGGAGGAGUCUGGCAAGGCCCAGGCCGAGGUGGAUAGGCUACUAGCCAUCCUCCGAGAGGUGGAGACUGAGAAGAACGACAGGGAUAAGAAGAUCGCCGAGCUGGAAAGGCAGACCAAGGAGCAGGUUACUAAGAAGGGGGGUCCCAACCUCAAACUGGGCCCCCAGGGGGAAAAGAAGCCUGGUCAGACAAUGGGGGACCCUCGAAAAGACAACACCAUGGACCUUGGUCAGCAUCUGAAGUUGGAGGAGAUGAUGAACACCCUAGAGAGAACUAGACAGGAGCUGGAUGCCACCAAGCAGCGCCUCUCGUCUACCCAGCAGUCCCUGCAGGAGAGGGACGGUCACCUGACCAACAUGAGACAGGAGCGCAGGAAACAGCUGGAGGAGAUCCUGGAGAUGAAACAACAGGCCCUGCUGGCAGCCAUCAGUGAGAAGGAUGCUAACAUCGCUCUGCUAGAGCUGUCUGCCUCUGGGAAGAAGAAGACCCAGGAAGAGGUUCUGGCUCUGAAGAGAGAGAAGGACAGAUUGAUGCACCAGCUAAAACAGCAGGUCAGGACUGGUGACACAACUCAGACACAGAGCAGGAUGAAGCUGAUGGCAGACAGCUAUGAAGAUGACCACUACCACCCCCAUCCUCCCUUACAUUCCCUACCCCAGCAACCCCACCUGGGUCUCCAGCCUCAGUCCCCCCAGCCCCAAUACCAGCACCCGCCACAUCCCCAGCAGCAGCAAGCCCCGUACCCCCAUGCCCCGCACCCCCAGCCCCCACCCCAACAACACCCUCACCCCCAGCAGCCUCAACAGCAGUACGCCCCUCAUCCCCAACAGCACCCACAGGGGCACCCCCAACAGCCCCAACACCAACCACGGCCCCAGCACCCUCUGCAAGUCCAGCAGCCACACCCACAACAACAACAACACCCCCACCCAGGACAGCAUCCUCACGGGCCUCCGCCACAGCAGCAGCACCCCCACCCCCAACAGCACCCACAGCCACACCUUCACGGCCCCCUGCAGCAAGCCCCCCACCCCCAUCACCCACACCCCCAACACCCUCAGCAGCAUCCCCAUCACCCCAUACCCCAUGCCCCGCAACAGCAAGGCGGCCACCCCCGCCACCCGCCCCCACACCACCGUGGAGGACCAGGGCCUGCCAGAGGACCCCCCCAUGCCGGCCACCGCCCCUCCCACGACCAGGAUGACGAGGAGGGCAUUUGGGCAUAAUCGUGCCAACGAUGACAACCAAAGCUCUGAUGUUGUUCUGAGGGAUGAUUCAGUCACUAUUGGAGGAGCACAGCCAUGCCAUGAUGCUGAAACACAUUGACUACCUGACAAAACAUUUUUUACCACCUCACAAUCCACACUUCAAAAUGGGGCCUUUAUUUUUACUGAGGAUGAGGAAGAUGAUGAAGAAGAGGAGGGAUGAAGCAGGUGGGAAGGCCAGACGAGGAGACUGAUGGUUGAGCAGAUGACUGAGGAGCCAUCAUGUGAAGAGCACUCUACAGACAUUGGAGAAACUGGCCAGAUCUUUGAGAGUGACUCUGUGGAGGAUGAGUAGCCCUACACAGACACAGAGGUGCUUUCUGUGACGUUAGACUGGGUUGGACAGAUUGGGUCCCCCUCAGACAGACAGACAGAUGAGCUGUCUGGUCUCAUCUCCGUGGUCCUGCUCACACAGCCAAACUCAACUCAACCAGCCACUCUGGCCCAGUUGUCUAGCUGCUCAGCUCACCUGUUGCCCCCCCAUUCUCACCAACCUGCGCCUAAUUGGUUCACUCUCCUAUCUCCACCUUGCUUACCUGAGGUGCCCUGUUUACCUGAUUUGCCCCGCCCUGUUCAUCCCCGGCUGGCUCUGAAUGGCUCCCCUGCCUGUCAGUCUCCUCCCUACUUACUGACAGUCUUCACAGUGCUUAUUUGACUCAUAUGUCGUUUUUUUUGUAGUUUUCUCUUUUUUCCAGAGAUAGCCUGUCUCUUCCCACAUAUUUUAUGAAGUGCCAUACAGUUACAGCUUUAGUUUACUUUUAAAUUGUUGUGCUACUUAUUUUUUAUCUUGUAAUUACCUUUUGUUGAGUGUGUUUCAUCUGCAGUACUUGACUAUGGCUAUGAGUGUUUUGUGUUAAGUGCAUCAGAACAAGGAAGAGGAACCAAUAGGCAGCCACUAGAGCUAUUAUCUGACCAAUAGGCAGCCGCUAUAGCUCUCAUCGGACCAAUAGGCAGCCACUACAGCGCUUAUCCGACCAAUGGGCAGCCACUACAGCUCUUAUCUGACCAAUGGGCAGCCACUACAGCUCUUAUCUGACCAAUGGGCACCCAUUAAAGCUCUUAUCAGACCAAUAGGCACCAACUAUAGCUCUUAUCUGACCAAUGGGCAGCCACUGGCCUUGCCUGUAGUACUGAAGGUUUACUUGUGCCGUUUAAUGUGCAGUCUGGCAUGGCCUUAUGGGUAGGGCCCUGUACCAGGGGUUUUGCUGGUCCUUUGGGCUUGGGGCUUACAACUGUGUAUCUAUCCUGUUACCUCAGUUGAUGUCACAGUUAAAACUCCAAUCUAUGCAGAUGUCAGAACUAAUAAUGCAGCUUUUAUUCAGUCAUGAGUCAAGGGCACCAAUCAAAAAUUAGAUGUCUUAAACCAGUACCAAUCAGAAUUGUAUUUUCAGAACAUACACCAAUCAGAUUACAUGACGGUUUGUUUCUCAGCAUCAUAUGCACCUAUGCACCUUCUCCUCCCCUGUUUCAGGGAUACUUCUAAUGGUGCUUUUAGAUCACUGGUGCUCACAACAUGAUGUUCAACCAGAGACACAGCCAACAGACACAGCCAUUGGAUGUUGUGCAAUCAUGUCACUAAAUAGGGAUGUUGAUCCCAUAACCUGGCUUGCUUAUGAACUGUAGAAGACUGUAUUGUACGUAGGAUCAGCUGAAGAGAUUUUAUAUGUGUAAUGGCAUCCAUCCACCCAGGUGUAUGAGACUUCCUGCCAUACCUUUAUAGCCCUCUCUCCAGCUCAUCGUCUCCCUACUCCCUCCUCUUCUUCAUGACCUCUUUUCUCAUCCUCUCUUCUUCUCUUUCAGCAGUCAUAGUCUAACCCAAACCCAAGCCUAGUGCCUCGUUUAUGUUGUUCUCAACAAGGUGGCCUAGUGACUCGUUUAUGUUGUUCUCAACAAGGUGGCCUCGUUCAUAUUAUAUACAUAUAAUAGUUAUAUAUAGAGAAAGAGAUCUAAAGUCUACAUGUCUAUGUGGUCAGAAUAUUGUGCCAGGAAAAAAAGAAUGAGGAUAAAAAUACAUGUUUUUUUUUUUGUUCAAACUGGCCUAAGGAUUUCUUUUUUUCUUCACGUAUUUAGUGUGUGGAGUAACGUUUGACUUUCCUCUGUUUUGUACAUUACAAGAAAAAAAAGAGCACUCAACAUUCCCUGUAUGAAAACAGACUGGCUCUCACUAAGGAAAGUCUAGCCUUGAGACACAGUCCAAAGGCAAGAAGACUAUUUCAUUCUCAUUUAGAAGAGCUCUAACAUUCCUGCUACAGCGUGAGAAAUAUUUUUUGAGACACACACACACAAUCACUAUAGUAUCAGUGAGAUUACUUCUUAAACUUGCACUUGGCAGUGAGGACUAUCACUACCAUUGUUAAAGUGGAGGGUUGGAGUGACUCUGUCAUUACAGAUGCGUUAUCCAGUCUCAGUGUUGUGUGUUUGUUUGUUGUCAAUGUCACUGUCCCAGUGUAUCAAGAUGUGGUGAUAAACAUGACAGUUGAGUGUGUAGAGAACAACAAAAACCCAUCUAUUGGCAAAACCCUCCCCCUCCACCACUGCCACCACUAACCCCCCUCCACCACUGCCACCACCA